CCCGAGAUUCCCCGCGCGCGAGGCGGGAUGUCGAGGCGCUCGCUGGAGGACCGGGACGCUCAGACCAGACAGCUGCAAGAUGCUGUCACAAACGUGGAGAAGCAUUUUGGAGAACUGUGCCAAAUCUUCGCCGCCUACGUGCGGAAAACCGCCCGGCUGCGCGACAAAGCCGACCUCCUGGUGAACGAACUCAACCUGUAUGCCUCCACCGAGACCCCGCAUCUCAAGCAGGGCCUCCAAAACGUGGCUGAUGAGUUUGCCAAACUUCAGGAUUACCGGCAGGCAGAG